AUGAGCCAUCCUUACCAGAAUGUUGAAGAGAUACAGCGCCAGAUGCACCAGAAGCAACAAGAACUGGCAAACCUCCACAACCUUCUCGUCCAGCAAAAUGCACCUGCACCACUCCCUGCCCAGAGCAAUCCCAUGAGCCUGCUCCCGGUCCAAGGUGACUUCCAUGUUGAUGCUGCUGCCGCCGCCUUCAUUCUACAGCAACAGCAGCAACUGCAGCAACAUCAACAGUCAAACGGCGUCUCGCUGGGCCGCCGGGCCACAAUACCCAGGAGCAAGUCCAACAUGGGCUACUCUGCCGCACCCACGAGGAUGAUGGAGCGCGGCAGUGACGACUCACCGCAUCCCGUUAAGCGCGCCAGAGUCAUGUCACAGCAGCACCCCCGUGCGGCGCCCAUGACGGGCAUGGCAAGGAGCGCCUCCCACAGGUCGGAGAAGUCAAUCCCCUUUGUCGCAAAGGGUCCUCUGCAGCCCCUCCAGACGUCAAAUAACCCAAACACCAUGAUGGACCGCUUCUACCAAGGCCAAGACGACCCCCACGUCUUGUUCGAGUCGUCUCUGCAGAGCACGCCGUCGAACCGCCGUCAUUCCGGCCUCUCGCCAGUGGAAGAACAUGCAGCCUUUUUGGACCCCGGCGUUGGUAUGAACAUCGCCGACUACCUGGCUGCACAUGAUGAGAUACCCUCUCCCGCCAUGAUCCCCCCUCCCCAGCAGAGCUACCUGAAUCCCUACGACGGUCGCAACUCCCAGGCCAGCCUAAUCACUUCCGCUUGCCCGUCCAUGAGCUCCGGUACCUCUGCCGCCGAGACGAUGCCCCUGACGAGGGAGAACAGCUCCCUCGACAACCGCUUCGACAACCAGUCCCUCACUGGCGCCUUCGAGAUGGCAAGAAUCAACUCGACCCAGUCGCAAGUCGCCGACUACAUGACCCCUGACGUGUACGCCGUCCCGCCGACGGGCACUUCGCCCAACGGCAAGCCGGAUAGCUUCCUCGCUUACGUCGGGGCCGGCGCCAGCCUCUCGCCGAGAUACGGCCAGCAGUCGCCCAUGGAAGACCAGUUCCUCUCGCAGGGCUCUUCGAUGAUGGAGCGUUCCGUCUCCGCCAACAGCACCGCCUCCACCAAGUCUACUACCGAGCGCCGGGCGAAGGAGGCUCGCCUGCAGCAGAUUCAGAACGCCCACCGGACCAAGAUCUGCCCCAAGCCUUUGGAAGCUGCCAGGCCGUCCCAGUCUGCUGCCGCCGCGAAGAAGGAGGGCAAGGUUGCCGUGUCCAAGGGCACCUACACUCGCCCCAAGCACCCCAAGGUGUUUUGCGACAUGUGCAAUGAACACCCCGACGGCUUCCGCGGCGAUCAUGAGUUGCGGAGACACAUCAAUGCAAAGCACGAGGGCAUUGUCAAGAAGUUUGUGUGCCGAGACCCUUCCACGGUCGGCAUCCAAACCGGCGUCCAGGCCAUCAACCCGCUGUCAAAGUGCAAGCAGUGCGUCGCCCGCAAGCAGUACGGAGCCUACUACAACGCCGCGGCCCACCUCCGCCGCACCCACUUCAAACCCAAGACCCCUCGUGGCAAGAACAAGAGGGGUGACGACGAGGAGAAGCGCGGCGGCAAGGGCGGCGGAGACUGGCCCCCAAUGAACGAGCUCAAGCAGUGGAUGGAGGAGGUGUUUGUCACUGCCGACGACGAGGCCGCCGAGGCCGAGGCCCAGGAGGAGGACGAGGAGGAGGCCGCCGCCGCCGCCGCCGCCGCCGCCGCCGCACAGUUCGACCCCUCCAUGUCAAUGGACCUGUCCAUCGGGCAUAUGGGCGAGAACAUGACGUACGACAUGGGUGGUUUCACGACUUCCUACCACAUGCCCGAACUUGCGGCUAUCGAUACGUCUCAGGCCCCCUACCUGGCCGUCUCCAACAUGCCGCUCUCAUCGGCAUCGGAAGCUUUCGCCUUUUCGCCUUUUACUCAGCACUCGCCAAUGAACGGCCUGUCGCACGAGCCAGCCUUUUCCAUCUCGUCUUCAAACACGGUAACACCAACCACCUUCCAAGACCCACUCGCUGAAGGCUUCGACGGUUACGUCGCUUACUGA